GGUUAGCACUUAGCUGUAGCCCCGAAGUGACGGCACUGGAACGAACGAUCGCCUGAUCGGAGAUUUCAAGGACGGCGGAGUCAAUGGCGUCGCUGCUUCCGGCCGUCAUCCUCCUCCUCACGUUUGCAGCUGUUUCCGCCGUCGACGACAAGUGCGCCGCUUGCAAUGCCGUCGCGGCGGAGUUGGAGAUUGGGCUGUCCAAUGUAAGGAUUCUGCUCAACUGCGUCUGUGAGACUGUGACUAAUGUGUUUACAGAGUGUCCAAUAGUCAGUGAGCUGAGAGUUGUUGAGCUUUUGGAUGGGCUUUGCGACAAGAUGCAAGGUUAUACACUUGAGAAGAUAGAUUCAGGCAGACGGGAGUGGAUCAAAGUAAAUGAUUGGGACACUUUGACGACGAACAAGCAAGAAGCUCGAGCGUAUUCAAAACAGAUGUCAUCUUAUUGUGGAAGGUUACUCGAGCAAACUGAAGAUGAGUUGACAGAGUUGAUCAAGAAAGGAUCGGUUACCGCAGGAGGAGUGAGCAAGGUUCUGUGCCAAGAGUUAAGCAAGCACUGCCAAUCAAGUGGUUCUCAUCAGGCUGAUGUUGAUGGUCACGACGAAAAUGAGGAGCUCUGAGUUUGUUUUGGGUCAAUUAACACCAGAAGGACUAUAGCUCGAGACGUGAAAGAUAUAGAAAGGCAACUUGGCAGAAGAAACUGACAUUGGCUUGGCAUGGUUGCCUUGUUCGCGAAGCUUAGAUACCAUCCAUAGAGUUUGUAACUUGAAACAGAAAUUCGGCUUCCCUGGCUCUCUUUUGUCCACUAAUUUGUUUCAGCUGAUGAUUUGUCAUACUUGAGCUUAAUGCUUUCCUUAGUAGAGAACAUGAAGUUGGAUAAUUAUGACAACAGUACGGAAUUCAACAGGUUGUCCUUUUG